UUUCACUUUCGCGCACCCUGCGCUCCGUGGCUGUGGCCCAGGAAGUCGCGCGUCGGGACCAGUCGCGAGCCCACCUGCGACCAGUCGCUAUUACGGCCCCUGCACGCGUUACGCUAGCACUUAAAACAAAUGUUAUUCUUUUGACAACCGUUAUCUGAUCAUGUGGGCUGCUGUGCUCGACGAAACGGGGCCUCAGCCUCCGAUUCAACAUGCGGCAUGUGCACCCACAGCGCAGAGCAGGCUUCCGGUGGCUUCCUCGAGGCCGCAAACGGUGGUGUUGACCACACAACCUAUUGCCUUACACGGCGUUGACACCACGCGCCCCACAGGCGAUUGGUAGGCAUAAGCGCGGCGCCGCCGUUGAUACCGUGCUUUACGCUGCCUGCCCGGUGCCCAUCAUGGCCUGUGUGAGAGUGUGUAGAAGGGGUCAGACCGCGUAAUGUGGUCAGCCUGGUAUGCCUGGGUAUGCGUCCAUGCUUUGGCCGAAUCCUACGCCCUCGCAUAUACCUGCGUGGUGUGCUCAGGAUAUGCCACAUGACAGGCUGCCCGCUGCCAGCAUACCGUAGGGCGCCUGGGCCCCGCUGGCCGGCCGCGGCCUGGAGCUGACACGACGGUGCGCCUUGGGGCAGAGCCCUGGCGCCCUCCCCACACCCCCUGGGCGGCAGCGCGCAGUCUGCAUCCAUCAGGGUCUCACGGCGGUGGAGUGGCUGGGGGCACUGGUGCGACAUGGGCCGCACGGCAAAGCAUAUCACAUGACGCACAGCGCUUCAACCACAGGGUCCACGCUACCUGCGUCCGUUGGCCGGUGUGUGUCACAGUGCCACCCUAUGGAUUGUGUAACAGUUGGCGGCCAGCGGGCGGCGGGUGCGGCAAGGUGUGACAGAGGUCAGAUGGCAGCGUUAGCGACUGCGCGCGCUGCCAUCUGUGAGUGGGUGGAACGGGUGAGGCGGGCUGUUCCACUCCUUAGGCGCGGCCCUUGCGCACCCAGCCCCCAGCCCGGACCGCCCUAUCUGCACCCUUAACUACCAUUGAGCUGGCGCCCGGGCGUGGAGUCCAUUUGUUCGCCCGUGGAUCCAUGUGGCUGCUGGGUUGGGUUCCGGACUUGUGUGGUGUGUGUUCGGCGCCGCUUGACGUCGCCUGGUGGGGAGUGGUUGAUUUGCCCCGGUGGUGGUGGCGUGACUGCUGCGUUCAGAACUCGAGGGAUUUACAGGCGCACAAGACACGGAGGGAGAGGAGGCACAACAGGCUAGGUCAGACAGAGUGAAACUGUGCAAGUGCCUGAGAAGGCGUCUGAUGAGCUGGCUGCUUCGGGCCGCCUGCCUACGUGCAUCCCAAUGCAUGUUGGCGUCAUCGAUGCACUUGCACACCUGUAGAAGUAGUGUAACACACAAAGUCAGCAUUUGACCGUUGACCUCAAGCAUCCACGUGCAACUGGAAAGCUUUCCCUCACCCAGGGUCGUCUGCACUGGUAGUGUGGUACGGGAAUCAAGCACCCCUGCCUGCCACACAGGCACAAGUGCUGUAUGAUUAAGUAUGAACGAAUGCCUCUCACUGGGUGCCUUUUCCAUCACUUGCCCUGUUGAGGCCGAAUCCCUAAGCACCUUCAUCAGUCCUGGUCUGGGACGUUUCACACGCCUCUCCUCAUUGCCUAGUGUUAGUCACAGCCGGUGACUGAGGGCGCCCAGAGGUUUGAGCGCACACCAUAUCCAGCAGCAGCCUUGGCAGUGGCCUGUGCGUGGGAGUGCACCUACUGAGGACCUACUAAUGACCUACUGCUGACCACGACUGCCACUGCUCUCUCAGAAAGACAAUGGGUGUCAGCUUUGUACAGCUGGAAAAUGGGCUGAGCCCCUAAUGCUCUUGUAACCAAUGCAAUCU